AUGCAGAUCGUUCGCGAAAUUCCCGUCAGAGUUCAGCAAAACGCCGACGCGAUGCCGUCGUUUUUCGAUUCGACGGCGCCCAACAACACGGUGACGCCCGUCGAUAGUCCGACUCGACGAACGAUUCGCGUCGAGACCAACGACGACGACGACAAUCACCAAAAUCGAUUCGUCGAUUGUCCGUUCAAAAUCCACGGAUGCCAUAAGCGGGGCGCGACGGCCGACGUGAAGCGUCACGUCAGAGAUGAUAGGUGGGUGAGUCGGCACAAUGUAUUAGCCUCGAGAUCCAUUGUUGAAAAAUGA